AUGUCAUCCCGUGCACAAAAUGACACAGUAAUCGAUGAUGAUGACGAGUCGUGUCCCCUUUGCAUCGAAGAGUUCGACUUGUCGGAUAAAAACUUCAAGCCAUGUCCUUGUGGAUAUCAGAUCUGCCAGUUUUGCUACAAUAAUAUAAAAACACAUAGUGAAGAAGGUCGGUGUCCAAACUGUAGACGUGUAUACGAUGAAAGCACAAUUCAAUAUAGAGUUCCAGAUGUCGAUGAGUUUAAAGCGGAUUUGGCAUUGAAACAUCGCAAAGCUGCAGCAGCGAAGAAGCGGGAGGCUGAAAAGCGGGAAAUAGAAGCUUCCAGUCGAAGAAACCUUGCCGGUGUCCGUGUAGUCCAGAAGAACCUUGUUUAUGUCAUUGGCCUCAACCCCACGAUACGAGACGAAAGUCAACUAUUACAGACCUUGCGCGGAGACCAGUACUUUGGACAAUACGGUGAUAUUGAAAAGAUUGUUGUUAGCAAAGCAAAGCCGGGUGGCAACCCAAACCAGGGCAUUGGUGUCUAUGUCACUUUCGCUCGUAAGGCAGAUGCUGCAACGUGCAUUGCGGCGGUAGAUGGAUCUCCCAAUGGUGAUCGUGUACUUAGGGCCCAAUAUGGAACCACGAAAUACUGUUCAUCGUUUCUUCGAAAUGAACAAUGUAACAACCGUAACUGUACGUUCCUUCAUGAGACAGGAGAAGACAACGAUAGCUUCAGCCGCCAAGAUUUAUCGUCCAUGAACACCUUGUCAUCACAACGUGCCCAUCCCAACCCACCAAAUGGACCUGGCCCUUCCACAUAUUCCCCCUAUACUCACCACGCUCAGCCCGUCAGACCUUCUUCACAUCCUAUCCAACUACCUGCCGGAGCACAGCCGAUGCGGAGACAAAAUAGCAGAGAUGAAACGGGGAAUCGAACCAAUACGGACUCCUCAGCUCUACCAUCGUCUGCAAGCUGGGCCAAUAAGGAUUCCCAUGUGCAACGUGCACGACGACCAAGUGUGACGGUUAGCCACUCUUCUCCAAGCCCGAAAGGAUCGAAUGCUGUUGUCAACAAGAUUGAGGAAUUAAAACGCAGUGUGGAGAGACAAUCCCAAUCUGGACAACAAUCCUCCCGCCAGCAAACCCCGACUGUAGCAGAGGCCUCAAGCUCUUCUCCACAUGUGACUCGAACAGACUCUCCUAUACCGUCUGGGCCUCACGAAAUCCCAGUGCUGGAUGGUCUGGUGACAGCCGUAAACAAUCCCGACUUCCGUUUUAUAUUUUCGUCCGCUGGAUUGCCUCCUGAGGAGCUUGCGUACCUUGAAAAUCAUCCUUCAAUGAUUGACCCCUAUGGUGGGGUGAAACGUCGUGCUAUGCGUGAGAAAGCAGAACAUGAACGUACAAACCAAGAAACUGACAACCAAUUGUUACUUCAUCCAAAUGCUAAUGAGGAGGAAAAUCUUGAGGGAGGAAGUUCCCAGCUUGGAGGUGAGCCAGAAGAGAUGCAUACUGCUGGUAUCUCUGGUCGGAAUGCAAGAGAGGCACUCAGUGCCAUUCAACCUCCGUCGCAACAAACAACUACAGCAAAUUCUGCUAUUGGAUCGCCCGUUUCUUCUGGUGGGCACCAGUUCCAAGGUCUAAACAUGGCAGGCAGGAGCCUCACGCCCCUCCAGCAACAGCAACUUCUGUUGCUGAAGAACGCUGGCGGACAACACAUGGGAUUAAUGGAUCAAUUACAAACAACUUCUGUCUCUAACUCAUUCGAGCACAAUUCUCAACAACGGGCAGGUGUGUACCAGAAUCAGAUCCCGCAAAUACCUGUUAUGCAAGGACAUGCCAGACAGUCGUCGAGAUUCUCGUUUGCGAAUGAAGCCAAUGCGAAGAAUACCUCCAAUCAAAGACUGGUCAAUCAGCAGACAUCGACACCGCAGGGCGCCAAUCAGAAUCCCCUUAAUGUAACUGGACAACAUGGUUUGGGAAACCAUUACUUCGUUAGUGGUGUUCAGGGUCCUCCGCCUGGCUUGAAAACUGCUGGAACUCCGCCGAUUAGUGGUGGAGGAAUGUUUGCUCAAGGCCAUGGCUUCACAAGCACAAUGAACAAUAAUCUCGGCCUUGGGACCAAGCAAGACCAUAACCCAGACCUAAUGCGUGAACUUAUGCGUGGUCGAAGUGGCACGAGUGGUGGUGGCGGCGUUCAAGCGCAUGAGGCUGCUAAGCGUGAGUUUAUGUUUCCUUUUCUCCAGAUGCAUAACACACCCCCUCCCCUGGCUCCCGUAUCUGGCCUUCUCAACUCUCUCUAUGGCCAUCAUAAUGGAUCCCACCAAGAUCCAGGACCACAGAAGCAGAAGAAGAGGGGGAAGAAGCACAGACACGCUAACACUUCCUCCGGCGGAGGUGGUGUAGUAGAUCUUGCGGACCCGAGUAUUUUGCAGGCUAGAAUGCACCAAAGUGCUACUAGUGCUACCCCUGGGCAGGGACUUUACGGGAGCCAGGGUCAAGGUGGGUACAAUCAUUCCAACAUGGUCUAUGGUGGUGGCUUUGGCCGAUGGUGAUGAUUUCCCCCUUUGCGCUGCUGGACCUACAUUUCCGUAGCUUUUCUUUUAUUUCCUUGUAGCUUGUUUGUUGCCACGUCAUAUUUACUUGAUAAGUCAUGCUUUCUCUUUGUUCUCGCGUUCCCUCACAUUGUCAUUUUCCCCUCCCUGGAUUUUGGGAGUCUAUGGCUUCUCACAAUGAUUUCUGAUAUUUGUUUGACGUUUCCCUUUUAAUGUCUUUCUUUUCUCUUCCCUUCCUGUGCAGCAUAAGGCAAUCGAUUCAAAAUAACGGGGUUAGGCGAGCCUCGGGCGUUACCUGGGUGUUAUGGUCACAUUUCGGCGAGGCUGAAGGACGGCGUCAACGCAUUACUUUCCUGCUUUGUUUGUAGAGAUCUACUCUUCUCUAGGGGUUUGCUACAAGCUUGGGGCUCUUCAUUAGCAGCACAGGUUUUAAUUUUCGAGCACUUACGGCCCGCCGGCAUGGUGAUGGCGGGCCUUUCAUUUGUACGUUAAGUCUCCCUUACCUUGACUUGUACCCAAGUCAGGUCUAUUUCCAAAGCAAUUUUCUCACAUUU